AUGUGCUUAAGUAACGUGGCAAAGCCAGAUUUAAUGAUACCUGAUACAUAUCGUUCGCCAACAAAAGGUGGUUUUCAUUGUUCUGAAAAUUUUACUUGUAAAAAAAUUGAAAUUAGACGAAAUUGGCGUGGUUAUAAUGGUUUUGAUGAAUUAGCAACUAUUGUUAGCGCCAUACUUAAAUGGACUCCAUUGUUUUUUUGA